GCGCCCUCAGUCUUGCCUCGCAGGCGGCGGUUGCCUCAGUAACAGCUCACAUCGCGUGAGUCACGUGUUCCUGGUGUAACGAGUUCACGUGAACCCGGAACACGUGUGUCGGGUUCACGUGAACUCGCUGCAGCAGCACGCUGUGGAACGGGCUGAGCGGUCUCACCGUGGAGCAAGGUCUACCUGGCAGCCCGCGCUCAGGGCAGCAGAUCCUCCUGGAGGUCACUUACGGAAACAACAUGGCGGCGGCCUUGCGUCGGGUGUGCAGCGGAGCGCCUGUGAGAGUUUCUCCUCGGAGCUGCGGCCAGCAGAAAGCAGUGAGCACAGGUCGUUCCUACCUGCCCAGCCGCUGGCCCCUCCCCCUCCUGUUGGUGUCAGGUGGUGGUUACCUCGGUUACCAGAAAUACAAGUGGAGGGACCAGCAGGAGGAUGGAGCCACGCCCGUCUUAGCCACGCCCACACAGGUAGGAGGGGCCAUACAUGCUGCUUCUUCUUCUUCUUCUUCUUCUUCCUCUUCCUCGGCAGUACCUCCACUCUUUCGCGGUGUUCCUCUGACAGCAGUCGAUCUCCCUCCUCACGAUGUCUGGUGGCUGCAGGUCCAACCGACCGUCAUGCAGGAGAAUCUUUCUGGUCCUUCAGAGUCGUCUGACCUGUCUCACUCUCACCUGUCUCCCUCUCACCUGUCACUCUCACCUGUCUCACCUCACCUGUCUCUCUCCUCCUCGUUAGGCUCGUUGCUGUCCGUUAACCCCGGCGUGGCUCGAUUGGUCAAGGAGCUGUUCUGCCUUAACGAGCGUGUGGCGCUCACCGGCCAAUGGCAGCACGGCUUCUUCUCGUUGACGGCGGUCGGCGCCACGAAUGUCGGCUCCAUCAGAGUUUACUUCGACCAGGAGCUUCAGACCAACGCUCCUCGCUACAGCAAAGGUUCCUUCCACGACCACAGCUACGUCGACGGCCAAUCGCUGAAGGCGGAUGGUAAAGGGGGCGUGGCCUCUGAGGGAGAAGGCGUGGUCCUGCAGAAGGGGGCGGCGGUGGGGGAGUUCAACCUCGGCUCCACCAUCGUUCUGCUGUUCGAAGCUCCCAAAGACUUCAGCUUCAGCCUGCAGCCGGGACAGCGAAUCAGAGUGGGGGAGGGGCUGGGCAGCCUCUGAUUGGCCAAGCCGCAUGCUCAGAGGGAGGAGCCUGGAGACGAGGAACUGCUGCCGUCUGAUAAGAGACGGGUAUCGUUUGUUCCUCGGUAACAAAUGACCUGUGGAGGACAUAGAGAGGACUCAGACUCCCAGAAUGCCUUGUGCCUCGGGGGGGGGGGGGGGGGUGUUGACCGCCAAAGCUCUGUCUUUUUUUUCUGUGUCGCUCUUCCAGUAAACAAACCAACAAACAAAUAUUCCUUUAAAGUCACAAAAGAAGCUCAAACAUUCAUUUAACAAACCAAUUAUUCAACGUUGUUGAAGUGAAAUGAAAGUUUGAAUGCCUGAAGCUUUAUUGAUAAAAGUCCUUUUUGUUUCUACUUUAACCAAUCGGAGCUGCCGGAGUAGCUCGCCUGUGAUUGGACAAGAACCUCACGUCACUGAAUGCUAACGGUUUUAAUCAGUUCAGAUCUUUCAUUUUGUAAAAUAUGUAAUUAUUAAUAAAUAUUGUUUUCUCAGCA